UGGAGUUGGACAAUACAGUAAUUUGAGGCAGCAGAAUUUCCCGCCAAAACAGACGCCUUGCUUAGCUGGUAUCUGGCAUCGUGUGUCCUCCACAAUCCACUGUGUGGUGUGUUUAGUGUUUCGAGAGAGAGAAAGGUUUAGCAAUCAGCAGAGCUGAAUAAUCGAUUAUCAGCAGCAAAGCAGAAGGCUAAUUCCGAUGUCCAAGAAGCGAGGUCUUUCUUUGGAAGAGAAGCGCGAGAAGAUUCUUCAGAUCUUUUAUGAUUCACAAGACUUUUUCCUACUAAAGGAACUUGAGAAAUUGGGCCCCAAGAAAGGUGUGAUUAGCCAGUCCGUGAAAGAUGUUGUCCAGAGUUUAGUGGAUGAUGACCUUGCUUCCAAAGACAAGAUCGGGACUUCUGUCUACUUUUGGAGUCUUCCUAGCUGUGCUGGAAAUCAGCUGAGGACUGUGCACCGCAAACUUGAUUCUGAUUUACAAAGCAGUAAGAAGCGGCAUGCAGAACUUGUUGAUCAGUGUGAUGCAUUAAAGAAAGGACGCGAGGAAUCUGAAGAACGAGAAGAUGCUUUGGCUGAGCUGAAAACCAUUGAAAUGAAGUAUAACGAGCUGAAGGAGGAGAUGGAGAAGUACGCAGACAAUGAUCCUGCUGCCGUCCAAGCAAUGAAGGAAGCUAUUGAAGUUGCCCAUGCGGCAGCAAAUAGAUGGACAGAUAACAUUUUCACAUUGCGACAAUGGUGUUCAAACAAUUUCCCUCAAGCCAAAGAGCAGCUUGAAAAAAUGUAUCAGGAGGCAGGAAUAACAGAUGAAUUUGACUAUUUGGAGCUUCUACCAGUUAUUUCAGUCGACGCCGUUACCGAUCAGAUGCUGGAAGGCGACCCUUGAUUGAAAUUACUCAGAAUGCUGUCUUCCUAGAUUUUCAGUUGCAGAUGUUGUUUGGACAAGGAAUUGGAGAAUAGGCCAUCUCCUUCUUCAUGUACUGGAGUGUCUGAAACGGUAAAAUGCUUUUAUAGCUAUUAUAUCAUUCUCUCAUUGAUCAAGCCACCUCAGUUGCCACCCCCGCAUGCGGAUCGCUGGUGUCUGAGGCAGGCUAGCUCGAGCUACUUGUUCUUUA